CAAUCCAUGGACACGACUGGCCUAUUUCGAAGAUUACCAGAUUUUCACAAAAUCCAGAGCGUGGUGUUAUUUGCUGUUUCUCAUUCCUAAUUGGUAAUCGGUGAACGCUGACGAUGCUGAUCGGAUCGGAUUAUGGUCAUUUUUAAGAACAUUCUCUUCUUGACUUCAACAUGUCCACCACUCCCACCCCCUCCAUGGCCACAAUCUCCUUACCUGAAGCUAACCCCUUGAAAUGGAACCAAAACUUCCCUCUACAAUUAUUCCCUCGUCGAUUCCCUCACGCCAAUCGCUCUUUCGCUCAACCGCCUAAAUUUUCCUCCAUUAUGCGCCUGAAAGCUCCAGCCGCGCAUAACUGUAUCAAAUGCUUAUUCUCGCAAAAGCCCUCUGUACAAAUGAGUUCUGAGUCCCUUGACGUAGACUACACUAAAGCUACCUUCGAGGUCAUCGCAAGUACAAUAUUGAAUGCGCUAAAGGCCUUGAGGAAACCGGCGAUAACUGCGGUUUUGCUAGGGCUUUUAUUGAUGUAUGAUCCCAACUCGGCAACAGCCGCAUCUGGAGGUCGAAUGGGUGGGAGGUCCUUCUCUUCGCAUUCUUCAUCUUCCUCGUCUUCGAGGAGUUAUUCGGUACCCAGGUCAUCCAGCCCGGGCUUUUCGUAUUCGGUGCCGUAUUAUGCGCCUUCUCCUUUUGGGUUUGGUGGGGGCGGGUUCUACGUUGGGCCAGCAGUGGGUGUUGGAGUAGGUGCUGGGUCCAGUUUCCUCCUCAUCAUGAUGGGUUUCGCGGCGUUUAUAUUGGUUUCUGGGUUUCUUUCAGAUCGGUCUGAGGGUAGUGUGCUUACUGCCACCGAGAAAACUAGUGUGCUCAAGCUUCAGGUUGGGUUGUUGGGGAUGGGGCGCUCGCUUCAAAGGGAUUUGAAUAGGAUUGCAGAAGUUGCAGAUACAUCAUCUCCUGAAGGUUUGAGCUACGUAUUGACAGAGACAACACUAGCUUUGCUUCGACAUCCUGAUUACUGCAUCUCAGCAUAUUCAUCCGUUGACUUCAAGCGGAGUGUUGAGGAUGGAGAGAAACGCUUCAAUCAACUUUCCAUUGAAGAGCGUGGAAAAUUUGAUGAAGAGACGCUUGUCAAUGUGAACAACAUAAAAAGGCAAAGCACAAGAAGCCAAAGAGCAAAUGGAUUUAGCAAUGAGUACAUUGUGAUUACAAUCUUGGCAGCAGCUGAAGGAGUACAUAAGCUUCCUACCAUCAAUGGGAGUGGAGAUUUGAAGGAAGCCUUACAAAAGCUGGGAUCCAUUUCUUCGAGCAAAUUAUUAGCAGUUGAGGUCUUGUGGACCCCACAGAAUGAAAAUGACACUCUCUCAGAACGAGAACUCCUUGAAGAUUACCCACUAUUGCGGCCUUUGUGAUGGGUUAUUUUCGUACUAGCAUGAAGCGAGUAGAAGUGUGGUUGUAUUUUGUGGGUCACUUGUAUUUGUAUAGUUGAUGAUGGUCUAUAAUAGAACAAAAAUGAUGACAUCAAUACUUUAAUUGACACUGCCUUCUCGUGUAAGAUUAGAAUGUGUCGCGAGUUGGUAGCUCAAGUUCACCAGCUAUUUGGUCCAUGGGUUUUGACAUAAUUUCUAUAACAAAGGGGUGUUCAUCA